UGAUCUGGCAACUCGUUAUAAAGACAAAGAAUCAACACAAACCAAUCUUGCUUUAAUACUUUGAGGACGCUUCACAAAAAAUGAAUAAGGAUAAUUCCAGUAUGCAGAUGGAUCCCCAGCUUGCCCUGCGCCUUCUUGCCGAGGGAGGUGUAUUGGUCAUCGCUGGUGUUCCUGAGGGCACGGAGUUCGGCAUCGAUUUAUGUGUCCACACCAUUGGGCCAAAUUUCCGGGGCAUAAAGAUGAUUCCACCCGGAGUGCAUUAUGUUUGGUGCGCUUCUCGAGGGCCCUAUGGAGACACAGCUCCUCGUGUAGGUUUCGUUCAUUUCUUCCACCCGAAUGAGAUUUUGGUCCGCGAGUGGGACAACGAACUGGAGGAGCUUCGACCACGAAGGAUAGCAGAACCUGAGGUAGAGUGCGAGCGCAUUCGGAAGAAUUUGGCCCAGCUCGAACGCGUGUUGGCUCCCUACGAUUACCGAUACGUAUGUCCAUGGAAGGAUCUGACAGGAAGUGUCACGGAAUCAUGCGUGGAGCGCUGCCGACCUUCAGAUGGCACAAUUCGCACCAAUAUUGAACUACAGUCAUGCCCGGAUGCAGAGAGGCCGAGAGGCAGGGGACCUGGUACCAGUAGUGGGAGCAGGCGAAAUACUGCUGUCAGACUGCUUUUGGAUGAAAGUGAACUUCUCCCGAACUUAAAGCCCGUAGAAGGAACGGCUCCACGGUUCACUUCGGUGCCUCAACGUGUUCCAAAUAAUGCUCUACCCUCCGAUGUAUCCAAACAUGCAAUAGACUGCAUUGAAGCAGUGGAUAAGCUAAUCUGUAGCUUUGAAUCCUCCAAUGCAUUAAUUGAAGAAUUGCAACUUGCUUAUGCAUUCUUCUUAGUUGGAUACUCCGUAGAAUCACUAGCCCAUUGGCGAAAACUAUUGGGUCUGCUGGCUCACUCGCAAACAGCGGUGACGAAUCACAAGCUCACUUAUAUUAAGUACAGCGAGGUGCUGGCACAUCAACUGCCUUACCUUCCAGAGGAGCUGAUGGUCCCAAGCCCGCAUAACACAGUAUUCAAGGACGUACGUGAAUUGCUCGUAAAUUUGCAUGCGGGCGGGUUGAGUGUUAGUGCCGAACGCCUAACCAAGAGGCUAGAAAAGAAGCUAGGAUGGAAUUUUGAGGGCCUGCUCGAUGAAGAUCCCGAGGACCAGCCUGUAAUCAUUGAACUGCCGGAGGAGUGAAUUUAAAUUGUAAUUUUAAUAGUUUUAAUAUAACAAUGGAUAUAAACUGAUCGAUUGAUUUUAUCGGAGUGAGUGCUGGGUGCGUAAAUAAUUCCACAAAU